AGUGCCGAAUUAUCGGUAUAUAACUCAUUGACCUUUUAAGUUAUCUUUACUGUGUCCCGACCCCACUUAGUUGGAUAAGACUUCGUUGUUGUUGGUAUUUCUUUAUUGCGUCUAAGGUUUUGGACUGCGGUCUUUUUGAAGAGAUUUACAAGUCUAUAUUGUCAGAAUCUUUAUAUAUCUAACCUUGUUUGGGUCAACUCAUUCCUAUCUUUCUUCCUUCUUCCCUGCCUCUCUUGUCCUCCUCUUCUGUUAUACUAACUGUAACUCGGAGAGAACAUGGGUAAUCUAUUCUGUUGUGUUCAAGUUGAUCAAUCCACGGUAGCUAUAAGGGAAAGAUUUGGAAAGUUUGUGGAUGUUCUUGAGCCAGGAUGUCAUUGCCUGCCUUGGUUUCUUGGGCAUCAGCUUGCUGGUCAUCUCUCUCUUCGUUUGCAGCAAUUGGACGUGCGUUGUGAGACCAAGACAAAGGACAACGUAUUUGUUAACGUCGUUGCAUCUAUUCAAUAUCGUGCUCUAGCAAACAAAGCAGAUGAUGCUUUCUACAAACUCACCAACACGAGGUCUCAAAUCCAGGCCUAUGUCUUCGACGUGAUUAGAGCUAGUGUUCCAAAGCUGAAUCUGGAUGCUGCUUUUGAGCAGAAGAAUGAAAUUGCAAAAGCAGUGGAAGAUGAGCUCGAAAAAGCUAUGUCUGCAUACGGUUAUGAGAUUGUGCAAACGCUCAUUGUUGACAUAGAACCAGAUGUGCAUGUGAAACGGGCAAUGAAUGAAAUCAAUGCUGCUGCAAGAAUGAGAGUGGCAACUAAUGAGAAGGCAGAGGCUGAGAAGAUUUUGCAAAUUAAACGAGCUGAAGGUGAGGCUGAGUCAAAGUAUCUCUCUGGGCUGGGUAUAGCUCGCCAGCGUCAAGCAAUUGUAGAUGGUUUGAGAGACAGUGUGCUGGGGUUCUCCGUCAAUGUUCCAGGGACGACUGCAAAGGAUGUCAUGGACAUGGUCCUUGUCACUCAGUAUUUUGACACCAUGAAGGAGAUCGGCGCUGCCUCUAAAUCCUCCACCGUGUUUAUUCCCCAUGGACCUGGUGCUGUACGGGAUGUAGCUUCUCAGAUUCGUGAUGGACUUCUUCAGGGUUCUUAUCAGUAGUCCGGUUCUUCUACAAGCUUUUUAUCGCUCAUCUGCAGGAACUUCUUUUGGGUCAUUACGACGUGCUUUAUUUGUUUAUAGUUUUCUUUUCAUGGUUUAAUUGUUUAAUACUGUAUAUGUGAGCAUUUACGAUUUCUGGUGAGCGUAUAAUGAUCUUAUACAAUGAGAGAAUUAUUCGUGUAAACAUGAAUCUUGUACAGUUUUGCCUUUUUCAGACAGACUUAAAAGCGUUUUUAUUUGUCGAGUGCA